AUGCUCAAGACAAUCUUUCAGUCUUGCGAUCCGGAUGGCAACCAUACGAUGCGGCCUAUUGACCUCAUACGGCUACCAGCAGAGUCGGUAGAUACCCCUCAGCUUCUGGUUGCUAUAUUCGAGUCUCCUGGCCAGGACCGACUGGAUGACCUGGCGGCCUUCGGCCCUUCGUCUUUUUUUGCAGGCUCGCAGCCCAACAUCACACCUGACGAGCAUAUAGACUUGCCCGCAUUCUUCGAUUUUGCUAUUGGGGCUUGUGAUUGUUUGGAAAUUCUCCAUUACGGCAUCAAAACAGUCCACGGUGAAAUUCGUGGAGACGCAUUCCAUUUUAGCAGGGAAACUGGCGCUGUCAAACUUGCAAAUGUAGGCAAUGGCGCGCGCUCAUUUGACAAUGUCCUCAGUGAAGGGUGGUCUUCUCUCAUGCGCGAGGUCGGGGCAAGAUAUAAGUUGCAAUUCAUUGCCCCCGAACAGACGGGCAGAAUGCCCACAGAACCAGACAGCCGAACGGAUAUCUACGCGCUAGGUAUCUUCUUCUGGUCGAUGCUUGUUGGAAGACUUCCUUUCGAAGGAAGUGAUCCGGUCGAGGUUGUGCAAAGUGUACUGAGCAAGAAGCUGACACCAGUCUCGAGCAAAAGAAUGGAUGUUCCUGAUGCUCUUUCUGCUGUGAUCCAGAGAAUGACGCACAGGGUUGUACAUGACCGAUACCACACAAUUUCUUCUGUCAGACGAGAUUUGGUGACAAUCGCGCAACUCCUGGGCGAUGGCGACAUUGACGCUUUGAACGAAUUCGAGAUCGGGCAGCGUGACGUAUCGUCCUUCUUCACACUUCCGUCUCAAAUGUUUGGACGACAAGAAGAGUACGAAAAGAUUAUUAGUGUCGUUCAAAAAGUCAGUAGGCGGCUAGCGGCAGCGUCUAUGAAAGACUCCGUAUCGAACGCCGGGGCGGCAAAUCAACUUCCAUCUAAUUCCUCGGUAUCAGAAGGUCGGGUGGACAGUUUUGAAUUCGGGUCCGUGUCUGAUGACUCCGGGUCAUUCCAAGUGCAGUCGCGCACAAACUCUAACGUGAAUCAAUACCAUAUUGCGCACGUCAACUCAAUGGAUUCCAUGGCAAGUUCCGAGUCCACUCUCCCGCCACUUCCUGGACGGCCGAGUCAAGGCUCGCCAGGUCAUGAAAUACCCAAUUCCUCAUUGAUCGGGCCCCAUUCCGGUAAAUUGAAAAGCCGGUCCCAUUCCAGGUCUUCACAGGCCACCGACAGAGAAAGCUUAUCUACCAUCGGUGGAAAUGCAAAUAGCCUGUCAACUAAAACUUAUAGCCAAACGGACUCCAUUGGUUCAGUUGGCAGAGCUAGAGCAAAUGCAAAGUUGCGGCGCACCGGCCGCUGUGAAGUCAUCACGAUCAGUGGGGCCCCUGGUAUAGGUAAAACGGACAUCCUUAACCGGGUUCAGCCUGUCAUUCGAAAAUUGGGAUACAUAGCCAUAACUCGUCUGGAUCGUGCGAAACGUGUGCCAUUCGAACCAUUUGCGAAGAUCAUAGCGAGUCUCCUACGUCAAAUAUUUUCGGAGCGGGAUGUCUCGACCGGGUUCCACGAAAGUAUUCGCACCGCGUUAAGGCCCAUAUGGCAUACGCUGCACAAAGUUUUGGAUCUGCCUGAACAAUUGAUGGCACCUGGGGAGAAGUUUCAGUCGUCUUCCCCAAGUUUCCGUACUGCUACACCAACGGCAAACCAAGAGGAAGAGGAUAUCGCGCAUGCAAGAAGGUUGCAUAUUCCAUGGAUGCAUCAUGACCAGACAUCUACGGAUUUCUUUCUCUCGAACGCGGCGUCGAACAACAUGCGUUUGAUGGACAUAUUCAUGGAUUUUAUGAGAACUCUGUGUCAGUUCAAACUUAUCACUAUAUGCCUGGACGACCUAGAGUACGCAGAUGAUGAGACGUUGGAGCUGAUCCUGAAUAUCAUCCGUGCAAAAUUACCUUGCGUGUUAAUCCUCACAAGCCGUCAGGAAGGAUCUGCAUCGGACAAUGUACGGGCGUUAUUCGAGGCCGACAAUUCCAGCAUCACAAGAAUUGAGCUUCGCCCUCUUUCGGAAGAUGAGGUUAUGGAGUUUGUAGCAGCGACCAUGCAUCAGGAUUCAGAUCAACAUCUCACCCCGCUUACGGCAGUGAUCCAAGAAAAAAGCCAAGGCAAUCCUUUCUAUGUGAGAGUCAUGCUUGAAACGUGUUACCGGAAGAAUUGCGUUUGGUAUUCUUGGAAAGACUCAAAAUGGCAGUUCGACCUUGACCGAAUCUUUAGUGAAUUUGUCUCCCCUGUGUAUGGAGAGGGCCUCGGACUUGGUUUUCUAACCAAGCGUCUCGAAGAAAUACCUCCGUCGGCUCGGUCGAUCAUCGUUUGGGGUGCUUUGCUUGGAAGCCCAUUUUCAUUUUCCUUGGUUCAAAAGCUCUUAACCAGCGAAUUUCUUUUUUCCACCGAUGAUGUGGUGGAUCAAGGCCUUGACCUUACCUCACCCCAGAAUCGCAACUUGAUCAGACAAUCUGAAGAGGAUGUUGUUAUUGGGUUGCAGUAUUUGGUCCAGGUGAACCUCCUUAAUACUGGCAAAACCGAUGAUGAGUUCAAAUUCGGCAACGAUCGACUUGCUCAGGCUGCUUUGUCAUUGAGCGAGAGCAGGAACGUGGAGAAGAUGCAUUUCAUCGUUUCACAAACUCUGAUGAAAUAUUAUCACGACCACCGAAGUCGUUAUUCCCUGGCCCACCAUGUGGCACUCGCUUCUACAAUGAUCAAGUCUCGUGUUGCCCGAAGAAUAGAUUACCGCAGAAUUUUAUGGGAAGCUGGUCAAACAGCAGCCCAGUCUGGCGCUCAGCCCAGUGCACUAUGGUACUUCCGCCACUGCAUUGGUCUUCUCCAAGAUAAUCCAUGGGAUGAACGUAACGACGAUGUCUUCUACGAUGAGACCAUGCGGCUGUACAUUGCAAAUGCUGAAAUGUCUUGGUCCCAGGGUCAGAGCGAUGAGGCUCUGGCGUUGAUCGAAUCUGUUUUCCUACACGGGAAAGACCCUGUCAGCAAGGCCAGGGCUUGGGUCAUCAAGGCUAAGAUUCUUGCUCAAAUGGGUGAUCAUCAUAGCUCUAUGGAAGCUCUCUUGACAUGUCUGGACGAGCUGGGUGUUCAUAUCCGUGCGCCAACGACUUUCGAAAAGUGCGAUGCUGCUUUCGUCGACUUGAAGAACUACCUGGAGAAGGCAGACAUUGAAUCUAUCGCCCAGAAGCCUAUCAGCAAAGACCCGAACUUGAUGACUAUUGGUGCCGUCAUGGCGGAAGCGAUGUCUGUUACUUAUUGGGACGAUUCCCUCACCUUUUAUCGAAUGGCAAUUGAAAUGAUGCAUAUCCACAUCUUUCGUGGAGGCUUCACACAGAUCUCAAUUGGCUGCUCUCACCUUGCUAUGAUCGCUCUCAGUCGUUUCAAGGAUCUUGAGUUUGGGGCCAGGCUUAGUGAUCUCUCUCUUUCUCUUCUUGAGCAUUGCCCUGAGCUGUGGACACAAAGCAGAGGCUCCAUCGUGCAUAAUCUAUACGUCGCGCAUCUGCGCGUGCCUUUGGCACAGACGUUGCCAGCUCUCGAAACCUCGCUCGAGGUGUCAUUUACGAUGGGUGACCCCUACGUUACACUGAUAAGCAUUUCGUCGAUGGCUAUGACCAGACUUCAUCUGGGCCAGGACAUGUCUCAGUUGGAAGCAUUUUGUGUAGAAACCCCAGAAGAGAUUCCAAACUGGGCACACGAUACCCGCGGUGGUGCUAGUAUCAUCGCCGUUCGACAGGUUGCCAGGGCCCUACAAGGGAAAACCGAAACUCGAUCACCAGAAAACAUUUUGUCGGAUGACACACACAGAACUGCCGCAUACAUGGCCUUUUUGGAGGCAAACACUAGCAAUGUUGACCGUCCUCGUGGCUUGUACCUCGGUCUUUCCAUGAUACCAUUGUUUUUGUACGGUCACCAUGCAAGGGCCAUCGAGAUAGGGACAUCGUUACUCCAUACAAGACACAGACUUUGGUCCGUUCGAGUCGCCUACACGAUCUAUUUCUGGUUGUCACUCUCACUUCUCACACUCCACACCGAGUACCCCGCCCAAGGAUACCUUGACGGCAAAAUGGAUACGAUUUUGGAGUACAAGGCGGAAAUCGACUUUGCGCGUCGCUGCUCUGAUGCGAACUACGGCAUGUGGGUGUACAUGAUCGAGGCUCUCAUUUGCGAAGUCCGCAACGAUCACAGUGCCGCCAUUCGAGCUUUUGAAGCCGCAACCGACCACAGUCAGGUUCAUGGGUGGCCUUUGGAAGAGGCUCUUUCCCUUGAGCUUCAAGGAGAGUAUUUGAUCAGACGAGGCGCCAAAAGAGCCGCCCGUGCUGUGAUUCAAGACGCUAUCGCGGCCUGGGGGGCAAUUAGCGCCGAUGGUAAAGCAGCCAUGCUUGCGGAGAAGCAUGAAUGGUUGCUCAAGACAGCGACAUCUGCUCGAACAAUCGACGUUGGGUGCCAAACGAUGGAUACACUUCUUGAGAUUACUCGGGAUACAGUUCAAGAAGAGAUUGUGAUUCCCUCUCAGGCAGAGGAAGAGGCCAGGAGACAGCGUUGGAUUGAACAGAAUGGCCCGAGAACCGACUCAAGUUCCAUGGACAUUUCUAGCGUUGGCUUAGACAUCAUUGAUCUUUCAAGCAUUCUGGAGUCAAGUCAAGUCAUGUCGUCUGAGCUGCAGGUCGAUAAACUUUUUGUGAAGAUGCUUGAGAUCAUUCUGGAAUCUUGCAAUGGGUCCGAUUUUGCUGUCAUCGCUACUCAUUUUGAGGAAAUUGGAUUUGCCAUCGCAGCAGUGGCAGAUGUGGAUAGAGGCCAAAAGUCUUACUCUGACGGCCUUCCAUUUUCCGAAGCAGAUAGCCGCAUGGCACAGCAAAUUUCGCACUAUGUGAUGCGGACGAAGGAGGAGGUCCUCGUUCAUAAUGUGCUGGAAGACGACCGUUUCUCCAACGUCAGUGAAGGAUACCUCGCAACCUAUCCACAAGGGCGAUCUGUCAUUGCAUUACCAAUUAUUCAGGGAGAUCAAUUACUGGGAGUGAUCCAUUUGGAAGGAAAGCCUAAUUGGUUCACUCAGCGGAACGUCGUGGUCUUGCAUUUGCUUUGCAACCAAAUUGGCAUCUCAUUGUCGAAUGCCCUGCUCUUCCGUGAAAUACGCAAGGUCAGCGCGAAGAAUAUUUCUAUGAUUGAGUCGCAGAAGCGUGCUCUUGCACAAGCCCGCGAAGCGGAACAAAAAGCCAAGGUGGCCGAGGCCGAGGCUAAUCAUAAUGUCAAGCUCAAAGAAGAUGCCGCACGAGCAAAGUCUAUCUUCCUAGCAAACAUCUCGCACGACUUACGCACACCCAUGAAUGGAGUUAUUGGGCUCUCCGAGCUUCUGAAGGGCACGCAGCUAAGCAAGGAACAAGACGAAUAUGUGGAGUCUAUUCGUGUGUGUGCUGAUACCUUGCUAACGCUUAUCAAUGACAUCUUGGACUUCUCCAAGCUGGAAGCGGGCAAAAUGAAGAUUUCGACCGUUCCGCUCAAUCUGAAAGAAACCAUCUCCGAAGUGAUCCGCGCGCUCCGGUAUACCCAUCGUGAACGGAACCUCGCCACCAUUGAAGACUUGGACCGUGUGCCUCCGGAGCUGGUCGUUCUUGGCGACCCCGUGCGCUUGCACCAGAUCUUCAUGAAUCUACUGAGCAACAGCUACAAAUUCACGCCGAAAGGCUCCAUCACCGUCAAAGCAAGAGUUGCGCGGGAGGGGAAGGGCCGCGUGCGUCUCGAAUGCUCCGUCGCUGACACUGGCAUCGGCAUACCCGACGAGCAGAAGGCCCGCUUGUUCAGGCCAUUCUCCCAAGCCGACCCAUCCACCGAAAGAUCCUACGGUGGUAGUGGUUUGGGGUUGAGCAUUUGCAAAGCCAUUAUUGAGGAUGUCCUGGGUGGUGCAAUUUGGCUCGAAUCCCAGUCUGGCGUCGGCACUACUGUCACAUUCCACUUGGUCUUCAACAAGGCACCGAAGAAGACUGCCGUCAAGACGCCUUGGUCUCAAGAUCUCAGCCAGCCAAAAAGCGAAGCAGCUCCCCGAAUCCAUGUCCGCGACCUGACCCAAAUCCCACGCGAUCAGAUUCGAAUCUGCAUCGCAGAAGAUAACCCCAUCAAUCAAAAGAUCGCAGUCAAAUUUGUGACCGGGUUAGGUCUACAGUGUGAGGCAUACAGUGACGGAAAGCAAGCAGUAGAUGCUCUGCGCGCCAAGUCUCAAGAGGGCAAUCCCUUCCACGUCGUCUUGAUGGACGUCAUGAUGCCCACGCUAGAUGGAUACAAUGCCACCCGCGAGAUUCGGCGGGAUCCCGACCCCAACGUCAAUGAGGUCCUAGUCAUUGCCAUGACCGCUAGUGCCAUCGACGGCGACCGGGAGAAGUGUCUCGAAGCAGGCAUGAACAACUAUCUCCCUAAGCCUGUGCGAUCACCCAUCUUGAGCGAGCUGCUGGACAUGUACCUCGCGCCGGUGCCCUCUCACCCUCGCACUCGCCUCGCAAUCCGCGAAAAGAGCUCUCGGUCCAGCGUGCGAGAUUCUGGCACGCCUGUCAGCAUAUCCUCGUCCGGGUCAGAAGAACAGAAGACCCUGCCACCCCUCCCAUCUGAAGAGAAAUGA